AUUCGAUUUUUUUCUCCCCUCCUCAUCACCUCUUCUCUCUCUCUUUUUAAAAAUUUAUUUAUUUAUUUUAUUCUUUCCCCGCACCUCCUCCGGACAUGAAGGAUUUAUCUAGUCUAUGUUAGAAGCUGGAGGCACACCAAACGCACCGUCUCCGCUCUCUGGCGUUUUCUGGAUGUGGAAGCGGUAUGCGGCCCGGUGAGAGCUCGGGGCGCUCGCGCUCGUCAGUGCCUACGAGCGGGAAGACGGCAACGACGACGACGACGACGAAGAAGAAGAGGAGGAUGAGAGGGAUGACGGACGGAGGAGUGACGGCGAUGCGCUGUUUGCUGUGGAGCCUGCUUUUCUGCUCCAUAUCCACGCGCGCGCAAGGUUUCAUCUAUACAUGUGGCGGCACGAUGAAAGGUCGAAAUGGCAGUAUAGAGUCUCCAGGUUUCCCCUACGGCUACCCAAAUGGCGCAAACUGCACUUGGGUCAUCAUCGGCGAAGAAGGAAGUAGAAUCCAGCUCAUCUUCUUAUCGUUUGCCAUUGAAGAAGAAUAUGACUUCUUGUCUUUAUAUGAUGGGCACCCCCAUCCUGCUAACUUCAGGACCAGGCUAACAGGCUUCCAGGUUCCUCCCCCGGUCACCAGUACAGGGAACGUCUUCUCUCUGAGAUUGACCAGUGACUUUGCCGUGUCUGCACACGGCUUCAAACUCAACUAUGAAGAACUCCACAGUACGUCCUGUGGAAACCCGGGUGUCCCACCCAAGGCAGUGCUGAGUGGCAGUGGCCGUUUUGCCGUGGGGGACAGCGUGAGAUACAGCUGUGUGCCUGGUUACGUCUUAGACGGUCACACCACACUCACCUGCAUCACCAAUGCUGGAAACACCGCCGUCUGGGAUUUUCCUGCGCCUAUCUGUCGAGCUGAGGACACAUGUGGGGGCACUGUGAGGGGCGGCAGUGGGGUUCUGGAGAGCUUCUGCCGGGAACUGGGGCCCGGUGAGUCUCCGUCGUCCGGGGGCGGCAGUGGGGUGGUGACCAGUCCCGGUUAUCCUGGCAACUAUGGUAACCAGGCCGACUGUACUUGGAUCCUAUUGGCCGAACCCGGAGACACCAUCUCUGUCAUCUUUACAGACUUCCAGACCGAGGAGAAGUAUGACUACCUGGAGGUGGAGGGAUCUGAACCACCAACCAUUUGGUUAUCAGGCAACAAUGUCCCCUCUCCUAUUGUCAGCAACAAGAACUGGCUUCGUCUACAUUUUGUGACUGAUAGCAACCACCGUUACCGUGGUUUCAGCGCACAUUAUCAAGUGAAGCGAUCAGUAGAUUUUAAAUCACGGGGCGUUAAAUUAUUCCCUGGCAAAGACUCCGGAAACAAGUUUUCAAUAUUAAAUGAAGGCGGUGUGAGACAGGCAUCUAACUCCUGUCCUGACCCAGGAGAACCUGAGAAUGGAAGACGUCAUGGCAAUGAUUUCAGCAUUGGCAGUGUGGUUCAUUUCAGUUGUGGGGAAGACUACGUUCUUCAGGGGAGUAAAACCAUCAGCUGCCAAAGAGUGGCUGAAGUCUUUGCAGCCUGGAGUGACCACAGACCCGUGUGUAAAGUAAAGACCUGUGGCAGUAAUCUGCAAGGGCCAUCAGGAACCUUUACAUCGCCGAACUUCCCAAUUCAAUAUGAGAGCAACGCACAAUGUGUAUGGAUCAUAACAGCUUCAAAUCCAAAUAAGGUAAUCCAGAUCAACUUUGAGGAGUUUGACCUGGAGAUAGCCUAUGAUACUCUGACGAUAGGAGAUGGAGGGGAAGUGGGCGAUCCUACCACCAUCCUACAAGUCCUGUCAGGCAGCUUUGUUCCAGACCUGAUUGUCAGUAUGACUCACCAGAUGUGGCUCCACUUGCAAUCAGAUGAGAGUGUCGGUUCUAUAGGAUUUAAAAUCAACUAUAAAGAAAUAGACAAAGAGAGCUGUGGUGAUCCUGGAACUCCUCUCUAUGGUAUAAGAGAAGGCGACAGCUCAAAUGGAGGAAUCCUCAGAUUUGAGUGCCAGUUUGUUGAGCUGAUCGGAGAGAAAACAGUCUCUUGUCAAGACAACAAUCAGUGGUCGGCAAAUAUCCCUAUAUGUUAUGUAAUCCCCUGUAUGUCCAACUUCACAGCUCCCUCGGGAACUGUCCUCUCUCCAGAUUACCCAGAAGGCUAUGGCAACAACAUGAAUUGCGUGUGGCUCAUCCAAUCAGAUCCAGGCUCCAGAAUCCACUUGGCAUUUAAUGACUUUGACCUAGAGGCACCCUAUGAUUCCCUAACUGUGAAAGAUGGAGAGACAAACGAAGCACUUGUCAUUGGAAGGUUCUCUGGAGCAGAGAGUCCUUCCCAUCUGACAUCCAACACCAACACAUUGAGGCUGGAGUUUCAAGCUGAUCACUCGAUGUCUGGAAGAGGAUUCAAUAUCACUUAUAGCACAUUUGGGCACAACGAGUGUCCAGACCCAGGCAUUCCCAUCAAUGCUCGCCGUUUUGGAGACAGCUUCCAGCUCGGUAGCUCCAUUUCUGUGGUGUGUGAGGACGGCUUUAUUAAAACUCAAGGAACUGAGACCAUCUCCUGUCAGGUGGAAAGAGGAAAGGUCAUGUGGAGUGGGCCCAUCCCUAAAUGUGAAGCCCCAUGCGGAGGGCAUUACUCAGCUCCUAAUGGGGUGAUUUUGUCUCCGGGUUGGCCUGGUUACUACAAAGACUCCCUCAGCUGUGAGUGGGUGAUUGAAUCAGAACCUGGAAGAUCAAUCAAAAUCACAUUUGACAGGUUUCAGACAGAGUUGGGUUAUGACUUCCUGGAGAUCCAUGAUGGGCCAAACCUUCUAUCCCCACUGAUUGGUUCUUUUAAUGGAACACAGGUGCCCCAGUUCCUAUUCAGCAGCAGCAACUUUCUUUACCUGCUGUUUACUACUGAUAACAGCCGAUCAAACGCCGGAUUUAAAAUAUUAUAUGAAAGCGUUACGGUGGACAGCUACUCCUGUCUGGAUCCUGGAAUCCCAGUUAACGGUAUUCGUUAUGGGCAGGAUUUCUCCAUUGGCUCAACAGUGUCCUUUGGCUGUGAUUCUGGCUACAGGCUUAGUCAUGAAGAGCCACUAGUGUGCGAAAAGAACCACUGGUGGAGCCACCCUCUACCAACAUGUGAUGCUCUAUGUGGCGGUGAUGUUAGAGGUCCCUGGGGUACCAUCCUUAGUCCCGGCUAUCCAGACAGCUACCCUUCAUCUCUCAACUGUACCUGGACUGUUGAAGUCAGCCACGGGAAAGGGGUCCAGUUUCAGUUCAAUUCUUUCCAUCUGGAGGACCAACAUGACUACCUUCUGGUUACUGAAAAUGGGAGUUUCCUACAACCGCUGGCUCGCCUGACCGGCAAUGAGUUGCCUAGCAACAUCAAUGCUGGUCUCUAUGGCAACUUCAAAGCCCAACUACGAUUCAUCUCGGAUUUUUCCAUUUCAUACGAGGGGUUCAACAUAACUUUCUCUGAAUAUACGUUGGAGCCAUGCGAGGACCCCGGAAUGCCACGAUUUGGCAGAAGAAAUGGCUACAGUUUUGGGGUUGGAGACACGUUGUCAUUUUCCUGCAAUAUGGGUUAUCGCCUCGAGGGUGCACCAGAGUUAAUUUGUCUUGGAGGUGGGCGGAGAAUGUGGAGUGCUCCACUACCAAGAUGUGUUGCUGAGUGUGGUUCCUCGGUAAUCAACAAUGAAGGCAUUCUGCUCUCUCCCAAUUAUCCCAUGAACUAUGACAACAACCAUGAGUGCAUCUACAGCAUUCAGGUGCAGGCUGGUAAAGGCAUCAACAUUUCUGCUCGAACCUUCCAUCUGGCACAAGGAGAUAUACUUAAGAUUUAUGAUGGAAAAGACAACACAGCCCAUGUUCUUGGAGCAUUUACUGGCUCAUCUAUGUUGGGUCUGACACUGAUUUCCACCUCAAAUCAUCUCUGGCUUGAGUUUUACAGUGAUGCAGAAAGUACAGGGGAAGGAUUCAAGCUGGUCUACUCCAGUUUCGAGUUGUCUCAUUGUGAGGAUCCUGGCGUGCCUCAGUUUGGCUUCAAAGUGAAUGACCAAGGUCACUUCUCUGGGAGCAGCAUCACAUACAGAUGUGAGCCUGGAUACACUCUGCACGGGGCGUCCACGCUGAAAUGCAUGACAGGGGAAAGGAGAGCCUGGGAUAAUCCUUUGCCUUCCUGCAUUGCUGAGUGCGGCGGUCGUUUCAAAGGUGAGUCUUCGGGUCGCAUUCUGUCUCCUGGAUACCCAUUUCCCUAUGACAACAAUCUGCGCUGCACUUGGUCCAUCGAGGUGGACUCUGGAAAUAUUGUAAGUCUUCAGUUUUUGGCCUUUGACACCGAAGCCAGCCACGACAUGUUGAAGGUUUGGGAUGGGCCACCUGAGAACGAGAUGCCUUUGGCAGAGCUCAGUGGGUCUUUGCUACCUGAAGGAAUCCACUCAACCCUGAACACUGUCACUGUUCAGUUCGAGACGGAUUUUUACAUCAGCAAGUCUGGAUUUGCUAUUCAGUUUUCUAGCUCAGUAGCUACCGCCUGCAGGGACCCAGGAGUGCCUAUGAAUGGCAGUCGAAGUGGUGAUGGUCGGGAACCAGGGGAUUCUGUGUCCUUUCUGUGUGACCCAGGAUACGAGCUCCAGGGAGAUGACAAAAUCACUUGUAUACAAGUGGACAACAGAUACUACUGGCAGCCGAGCCCGCCUGUGUGCAUAGCUCCAUGCGGUGGAAACCUGACCGGCUCCAAUGGAUUUAUACUUUCCCCUAACUACCCCCACCCCUACCCCCACUCCAAGGACUGUGAUUGGCUUAUUGCUGUCAACUCUGACUACAUCUUGUCACUCGCCUUUAUCAGUUUCAACAUUGAGCCAAACUAUGACUUCUUGUAUAUCUACGAUGGUCCGGACAGCAACAGUCCCCUGAUUGGCAGUUUCCAGGACAGCAAACUCCCAGAGCGGAUAGAGAGCAGUUCCAAUACCAUGCACUUAGCCUUUCGCAGUGAUGGUUCUGUGUCUUAUGCUGGCUUCCACCUAGAAUACAAAGCCAAACUGAGGGAAUCGUGUUUCGACCCAGGUGUGGUUAUGAAUGGGACAAGGCUAGGUUCUGAUUAUAAGCUUGGAUCCACUGUCACCUUCUAUUGUGAGGCCGGAUAUGUUUUACAGGGUUAUUCUACCUUGACCUGCAGUAUGGGAGAUGAUGGCAGACCUGGGUGGAAUAGAGCACUGCCUAGCUGUCAAGCACCUUGUGGAAGUCGCUCUACAGGAUCAGAUGGAACUGUUUUGUCUCCAAACUUUCCCAGAAACUAUACCUCUGGGCAAACAUGUGUCUACUCGAUAUCUGUACCCAGAGAGUUUGUCCUCUUUGGACAGUUUGUGUUGUUCCAGACAUCUCUAAAUGAUGUGGUUGAAAUUUACGAUGGACCUACUCAACAAAACACAUUGCUGUCAUCUCUGUCUGGGUCACACUCGGGCGAAUCUCUCCCUUUGAGUUCGGGUAACCAGAUAACUGUCAAGUUCACCACGGUUGGCCCAGAAACUGCGAAAGGUUUCCACUUUGUCUACCAAGCCGUACCACGGACCAGUUCCACCCAGUGCAGUUCAGUCCCUGAGCCGCGAUUUGGGAAACGUCUCGGUAAUGACUUUGCAGUCGGAUCUUUGGUGCAGUUUGAGUGCAACCCUGGUUACAUCUUGCAUGGAUCCACGACCAUACGGUGUGACAGCGUCCCGGACAACUUAGCCCAGUGGAAUGACACUCUGCCAACAUGUAUAGUUCCCUGUGGAGGUGUGUUGACAUCUCGUCGCGGGACUAUCCUAUCUCCUGGCUACCCUGAGCCGUAUGACAACAAUCAGAACUGUGUGUGGAAAGUUUCUGUUCCAGAAGGAGCUGGAAUACAGAUACAAGUUGUGAGUUUUGCAACAGAGCACAACUGGGAUUCUUUGGAUUUCUACGAUGGCGCUGAUAACCACGCUCCAAGACUGGGCAGCUACUCUGGCACCACCAUUCCCCCUCUCCUGAAUAGUACAUCUAACAACCUCUAUCUGAGCUUCAGCUCGGAUAUUAGUGUCUCAGCUGCUGGUUUCCACCUGGAGUAUACAGCUAUUGGUUUGGAGUCGUGUCCAGAGCCUCAAACACCAAACUACGGAAUAAGACAGGGAGACAGAUUUAUGGUGGGAGAUGUUGUUCAGUUCUCAUGUGAGCAAGGAUACUCUCUUCAGGGCAAUGCCCACAUCACUUGCAUGCCUGGGCCUGUUCGCAGGUGGAACUACCCAGUACCACUCUGUCUUGCCCAGUGCGGAGGAUCAAUGACAGAUGUAAGUGGAGUGAUUUUAAGUCCCGGGUACCCCGGUAAUUACCCCAGUGGACUCGACUGCACAUGGACAGUCAACUUACCUGUCGGCUUUGGUAUCCAUCUCCAGUUUUUGAACUUCUCCACUGAAGCAAUUCAUGAUUACUUGGAGAUUCGAAGUGGAACGCUGGAGACGGGUUCAGUCAUUGAUCGGUUCAGUGGUCCAAUCAUUCCCAAGCCUCUUUUCAGUACCACCCACCAGACCAGCUUUUUCUUCCACAGUGACUAUUCCCAAAACAAACCAGGGUUCCACAUCACCUAUCAAGCCUACCAGCUUCAAAGUUGUCCUGACCCACGACCAUUCCGCAAUGGCAUUGUGAUUGGCACAGAUUUCAGUGUUGGAAUGACCGUGUCCUUUGAAUGUCUACCUGGAUACUCUCUGAUUGGAGAGGCUUCACUGACAUGUUUACAUGGAAUCAGUAGGAACUGGAACCAUCCACUACCACGAUGUGAAGCUCUCUGUGGUGGGAACAUCACGUCAUUAAAUGGAACCAUUUACUCUCCUGGUCACCCUGAGGAGUAUCCAAACUUCCAGGACUGUGUCUGGAGUGUUCGAGUUCCUCCUGGACAUGGGAUUUAUAUCAACUUUACCAUACUGAGCACCGAACCUAUAUACGACUACAUCACUGUGUGGGAUGGUCCAGACCAGUCGUCCCCACAAAUCGGCCAGUUUAGUGGGAACACGGCCUUGGAGUCUGUGUAUUCGACAUCCAACAUCAUCCUCAUCAAAUUCCACUCUGACUUCUCUGGAGCGGGUUUCUUCGUCCUAAGCUACCACGCUUACCAAUUAAGAGUUUGCCAGCCUCCUCCUGAAGUGCCCAACGCUGACAUGCUGAUGGAGGAUGGAGAGCUGGAGAUUGGUGACAUCAUUAGGUAUAGAUGCCAUCCUGGAUUUUCUUUGGUUGGCAGUGAGAUCCUAACAUGUCGCUUAGGAGAAAGACUACAGAUGGAUGCACCUCCUCCAACAUGCCAAGUUCAGUGCCCCGCACAUGAUGUGCGAUAUGAUUCGUCUGGUGUCAUCCUGAGCCCUGGUUGGCCAGACAGCUAUCCUAAUCUCCAGAUGUGUUCGUGGAGCGUUACAGUAGAAAAGGGCUACAAUGUCACCAUUACAUUUGAAAGUUUCCACACAGAGAGAGAGUUUGACGUGUUGGAGAUAUUUGAUGGACCCACAGCCAACAGUCCCACUCUGGCAACCCUGAGUGGUGACCUGCCAACACCCUUUAAUCUCACAACCUCAGGCCACCAGUUCCUGGUGCGCUGGUCCUCAGACCAUGGCACAAAUAAGAAAGGCUUCAAGAUUCGCUAUGUUGGUGAGUACCAAACUCUGUACUGCUCCACACCAGACUCUCCCCUCCACGGCUCCAUCUCCUCUCAGAGCGGCGGGCACGUCAACAGCAUUGUGCGCUGGGCUUGUGACCGUGGUUACCGUCUCAUAGGCAAUGCCACGGCAACCUGCCGGCGCGCAUUACUCGGCUACCACGCGUGGAACUCUCCUGUCCCCGCAUGUCAAGCCAUCUCAUGUGGGGCACCCAAGGCUCCGAUAAACGGCGGCGUUUUAACAGCUGACUAUUCCGUCGGAACCAGAGUUUCCUAUUUUUGUAACGACGGCUACAGACUCUCCAGUAAAGAUUUAACGUCAGCCAUCUGUCAGCCUGAUGGAACAUGGAGCAAUCACAACAAGAUACCACGAUGUUCGGUGGUUGUAUGCCCCAGCAUUGGUUCCUUCUCUCUUGAGCAUGGGCGCUGGAGGAUUGUCAACGGCUCCCACUAUGAGUACAGAACUCGUAUUGUGUUCACUUGCGAUCCAGGAUAUUACAGAUUAGGUCCCGCCCACAUCCAGUGUUUGUCCAAUGGUGUGUGGAGUUGGAGGAAUGAGAGACCGCAGUGCCAGAUCAUCUCCUGCGGUGACCUGCCAUCUCCACCAAACGGGAAGAAGAUUGGCACCCAGACAACCUUUGGCGCUACGGCCAUCUUUACUUGCGAUCCUGGCUUCAUGCUGGUGGGCUCGGCUGUCAGAGAAUGUCUGUCAUCUGGGCUUUGGAGCGGAACAGAAACACGAUGUUUUGCGGGUCACUGUGGAAUCCCAGAAGGCAUUGUGAAUGGCCAGGUGAUCGGUGAGAACUUUGGUUACCGUGAUACGGUCGUGUACCAGUGUCUACCUGGCUUUCGGCUAAUUGGAUCAUCAGUUCGGAUCUGUCUCCAAGACAACCAGUGGUCUGGACAGCUGCCCAUCUGUAUACCCAUCAGCUGUGGCCAUCCAGGAAGUCCCAUAUAUGGUCGGACGGUGGGUAAUGGCUUCAACCUGAACGAUGCGGUCAACUUUGUCUGUAACCGGGGUUAUGAAAUGGAGGGGCCGGCACGUGCUCAGUGCCAGGCCAAUCGGCAGUGGAGCCACCCGCCCCCAACGUGUAAAGUGGUCAACUGCUCUGAUCCAGGUAUUCCUGCCAACUCCAUUCGGCAGAGUAAAAUUGAACAUGGAAACUUUACCUUCGGCACUGUGGUUUUCUAUGACUGCAACCCUGGAUAUUAUCUGUUUGGGUCACCUGUGCUGACUUGUCAACCUACUGGACAAUGGGACAAACCCCUUCCUGAAUGUAUAGUUGUAGAUUGUGGUCAUCCUGGGUCUCCCCCUAACGGCGUGCUGAAUGGAGAUAAGUUCACGUUUGGUUCAACAGUUCGAUACUCCUGCCUGGGUGGAAGACAGCUGAAAGGGGAAUCGUCUAGGAUGUGUCAGCUAAAUGGGAUGUGGAGCACCCCCAUGCCCUUCUGCUCAGGUGAUACAGCAGGCUCCUGUGGGGAUCCUGGCAUACCCUCCCAUGGGUCUCGGGAACAAACGGAUUUCAGGAUCCGUUCCAAGGUCUACUUCACUUGCUCCGAAGGCUACGAUCUGAUUGGUUCAUCAGAGAGGAUGUGCUUUCCUAACGGGACGUGGUCCGGCACACAGCCCUUCUGCAAAGCUGUCCAGUGCGGUAACCCUGGCACCCCCAGUAAUGGCAGAGUGUUUCGCCUGGAUGGAACAACGUUUUCUCACUCCGUCAUCUACUCCUGCAUGGAGGGAUAUGUACUCACCGGCGCCACCACCAGGCAGUGUCAGGCCAAUGGAACCUGGUCUGGAGCACAGCCCAACUGCACCAUGAUAAACUGUGGGGAUCCAGGUAUGCCAGCUAACGGCCUUCGCUAUGGAGAAGACUAUACGAUCGGUCAGAAUGUCUCCUUCCAGUGCCAACCGGGAUACAGGAUUGAGGAGGAUGGAUCACCCAUGAGGACGUGCACACAAAACGGAACAUGGAGCGGGAAUAUGCCAAUAUGCACAGCGGUGACCUGUCCGGCUCCCCCUGCCAUCAGUAAUGGGGUACUGCAGGGCAGUGACUUUGAAUGGGGCAGCAGUGUGAGCUACACCUGCUCACCUGGAUAUGAGCUCUCGUUCCCAGCUGUCCUGACCUGUGUGGCGAACGGCACCUGGAGCGGUAUGCUGCCACAGUGCUUACCCAAGUUUUGUGGUGACCCGGGUACACCAGUUGGUGGUUUCAGAGAGGGACGAAGUUUCAUCUAUCAAUCAGAAGUGUCCUUCAGCUGUGCUCCGCCUCUCAUUCUGGUUGGCACAGCAACCAGACUUUGUGAAAGUGAUGGCACUUGGAGUGGAACUCAACCUCGCUGUAUUGAACCGACCAAGACGAGCUGUGAUAACCCCGGAACACCGCGUUAUGGCUCCUUAAAUCGGACCUAUGGCUUUAAGGUGGGGAGUGUGGUGUCAUUCCAGUGCCAACCAGGUCAUUUGAUUCAGGGCUCAUCCUCAAGAACUUGCCAGCCCGAUCUAACGUGGACCGGGACGCAACCUGAGUGCAUACCCCAUGCCUGUAAGCAGCCAGAGAGUCCACUCCAUGUAGACGUGGUGGGAAUGGAUCUGCCUGGUUUUGGCUACACCCUGGUCUACAGCUGCCAGCCCGGCUACUUCUUGGCUGGAGGCUCAGAACACCGAGUGUGCAAGAGUGAUGGCACGUGGACUGGAAAGAUGCCAAUAUGUCGAGCUGGAGAGAAGAAGAAGCCUGUAAAACCAGCAACAGGAACACCUUCUCCAAAGCUUAACGUUCCAGAUGACGUCUUUGCUCCUAACUACAUAUGGAAGGGUUCCUAUAAUUAUCGAGGGAGGAAGCAGCCGAUGACGCUGAGCAUCACCAGCUUUAACUCUACAACUGGCAGAGUCAACGUUACCCUCAGCAACGGCAACAUGGAGCUGCUGUUAUCAGGUAUGUAUAAGGCAUCUGAGGCCCGCCUGUUACUGCUGAUGUACCAGGUCAACUACAUAAACCAGGGAAACCAGCUGAAAGACUCAGCCGUUUCUCCUGCCAAAAUCAUAGAUGACUCCUGGACCAUGGAUGGAUUCGUGUCAGCAGAGCCUGAUGGUUCCAGUUAUGUGUUCCAGGGUUUCAUCCAGGGAAAAGACUACGGACAGUUUGGGCUGCAAAGACUGGGUCUGAACAUGUCAGAAAGUCAGAAUUCGCCACCCCCUCAGCUUGGUACAAACAGCAGUUCUGUGGCGAUCGCUAUUCUGGUACCUUUCUUCGCUCUCAUCUUCACAGGCUUUGGCUUCUAUCUCUACAAACAAAGAACCACACCAAAAACGCAGUACACAGGCUGUUCAGUCCAUGAAAACAACAACGGCCAGGCCGCCUUUGAGAACCCCAUGUACAACACCAGCGCCAAGGCGGUGGAGGGGAAGGCUGUGAGAUUCGAUCCCAACCUCAACACUGUCUGCACCAUGGUCUGAAGAUCAAUUGUCAGUGCAAGCUAAUGACUCAAAUAUCUAACGGGACCACACCGUGAGCAACUCGAUGAAGACUUUGAUUUCUCAAGACCUUCAGUCCUGUUGUCCAGUACACUUCCACUUAAAAUUUAAUGCUGGCUCCUUCUGUUUGCAGCAUUUUGGAUGAAUUUCAGCAAAUGUGAAAAUGAAUAUCAGCUAUACUUGACGGAUGCAACAUGCCAAGUUUAAGGUCACAUGAAAUCAGAGGACGGAUAAACCAUCACGGCCUCCAUGGAUUUAACAGAUUCUAAUAUCAGGUGAUCAAGGGUACUUUGUAAGUUCAUUCUGACCCAGACAGUGCCAUAAACUCUUAUUUAACCAUCAUGAUUGUCUCAAGCCAUGACCUGCCCACAAGACAUCAUGACCAUAUCAUCAUAACCCAGGAUUGGAUUUUUGCAUUUCUCUCAGUGCUUUGAAGAGAAGGAUCUCAGUUCAGGGUUCUUACCUGCAGAGAAAAAAAAAAGUUAUGAGUGUUGUCGUUACACAUCGCAGAGAUGAACUGCACUGGAACAAUGAAUUGAUUUCUAUGGCCUGAACGUUGGAGAAUGGCCAGCGGGUAAUUAUCAUGUGAAGUGUGACACAUAAUGAAGAAAAUGUCACAAAGGACACUGUGAUGCAAAGAAACUGUUUAAGUUAAAUACUGGCAGUAAAGGACACUGUCACCAACGGAUAUCAGUCAACCAGACAUUAAUGAUUUGGGAACAGGACGCAAUCUCCAAUGACCACAGAAUACAACACCCUAAAAACUAGAUCGGACUGCCUCCAGAGGCGGCGGCUCUUUCCACUUUGUUGUCUUUCUGUGAAAAUGGACUCUCAAAGGGCCAAUUCCAGCCAGACAGGUCGGAAAAGUAGCUUUGAAGCGAACAUGAACGCUUUAGCAAAUUGAAAGACAAGGCUGGAAACUGAGCUCCAAUCCCAUCUGAACUGUGAUCAUGGCAAAGCGAAGCUAAAAGAGGAGGUGAUAUUAAUGGAUCUAGUGGAUAAACUGCUCCUUCUCAUCUGACGGACAUGAGAGGAAGAUGAGACGAGUCUGGACUCAAGAGACAGCGAGUCAUAACGAGAAAAGGUCUUAAAUCCUGACGCAGCCAAUCACAGUCGAUCUAACCGCCUGAGAGAGCUCGGAACCGCCCUUUGUUUAAUGAAUCAGAUCAGACGGAAUGUGGCUUGAAGGGAAGUCCUUCCUGAUGCUGCAGGUUUUAAAAGGAUUGCGACGGGAAGGAGGAGCGGAAUGGAUGCAGAUGACUCUGGAUGGACUACUGAAGACUUUAAGAAGCAGGGAAAGCUCUGGUACUAAAGCACACUACAGGAACACCACACGUUAAGGACACAGAGAAACAUGUGAGAGACAUGAAAUCAUGAACGGACUCACAAAACGACAGAAAAGCCGGAUCUUAAAAUCGAUGUUGGUCACAGAUGGACACACAGACAGUCUGAGAGACAGACACACAUUGAGGCUACGUCUGAGACAGGGAUUGUAGCCCAUCGUUCGUGGAUGCCGUUCCACUGUAAUUCUGCACUCUACGAGUGCUUCUCUCCUUUCUUUGUUACUGCUGCAGAAUCUUCUGAUCUGUAAAUCUAUUGCAUAUAUAUCUGG